UUUGAAUAUAUAAAAACCAACAGGACAUUAUGGAUGUUACCAUUCAUCUAGAUUUAUUGUACAAAUAAAGCCGCAUCAUCAUUCUUUCAUCAACAUGCCUUUUGACAUGGAAAAAUUUAUGAAAAUGAUUAAUACGAUGAACGAAUUUUUGGUCGAAUAUGAUCGUAAAUUGACCCAUCUUGAAUUUCUUAGAAUGAAAACACGAUUCCUUGAAGAAGAAAUGGCCAAAAAACAGAAUAAUGUUCAUAACAUUCAAACUCCAUCAACAUUAUCGUCAAGAACAACAAAUAAAAAGAAAAAAAACUCGAAAAGGAAUGAAUCAACUAAUUCUAAUUUAUCAUUAUCAGAUACCAGAAAAAAACCUGAUUCAUCUUCGACACAAUUACCACGAGUGAUUAUGACAAGAUCGAGGACUCGAAUGCAACAACAGCAGCAACAAAAAUGAUUUUAAUUUCAAUAUAUUCAUUGUUUACAACAUUGUUAUUCAUAAUCUUAUUGUACGUUAUUGCUUUAAUGUUAUUGACUAAACUAAUAAAUAUAUCUCGACUUUUGGUAUCAUCAUUAUAA